AUGAGUUUGGGAGGAGGUAACAGCUCAGAGGGACCAAAUGCAGGUGGAAUAUUUGUACAAUUUAACCAGGAUUGCACAUCACUAGUAGCAGGCAGCAGUAGUGGAUACCACCUAUUUUCAUUAACACCUGACGAUGGCAUUGAAGAGAUUUAUGGAAGCCGCUCUGGACAGGAAACAUGUCUUGUUGACAGACUGUUCAGCAGUUCCCUGGUCGCUAUUGUCACAGUAUCUGCUCCAAGGAAGCUGAUAGUUUGCCACUACAAAAAGGGAACAGAGAUUUGUAACUACAGUUACAGCAAUACGAUCCUGGCUGUGAAACUGAAUCGCUCUAGGCUUAUAGUAUGCCUGGAAGAGUCCCUCCACAUUCACAACAUUCGGGACAUGAAGAUUCUUCAUACGAUUAGAGACACGCCACCGAACGCACGCGGUCUGUGUGCGUUGUCGCCUUGUGUUGAUCACUGCUACGUGGCAUACCCAGGGUCUAGCGCCGUGGGUGAGGUGCAGAUAUUUGAUGCUGUUCAUUUGAACGCCAAGUGUGUAAUCAGCGCUCACGAUAGCCCGCUAGCCGCUCUAGCGUGGUCUAUGUGCGGUCGGCGAUUGGCCACCGCCUCCGAACGCGGGACCGUUAUACGCGUAUUCGCAGUUCCGGAGCGUACGCGCCUCUAUGAGUUCCGACGCGGGAUGAAGCGCUGCGUGUCAAUCGCCUGUUUGGCCUUCAGCGCUUGUGGCGCCUAUUUGGCUGCCACUUCUAAUACGGAGACUGUACAUGUGUUUAGGUUACAAGAGAACGCCGAAAGAGCGGUAGAAGAUAGCGCCGCAGCGGGCAAUUCCCCAACAGAGCCUGGCUGGGUUGACUGGAUGUCACAGACCUUGUCCGCCGGCUUGGUUUAUCUGCCUGCCCAGGUUACGGAUGUACUAAGCCAGGGACGGGCCUUUGCAUCUGCCAAAUUACCCAGGGCUGGGUACCGUGCUGUUGCUGCGGUCACCAACGUAUCCCGUCAAGCACGUCUGCUUGUAGCGACCUCAGAGGGCAUUCUGUACGUGUACUCGUUAGACCCAACCGAAGGCGGGGAGUGUACGUUACUCCGUACGCACAGUUUGUUGGAGCCACGAGCACCCGCUAACGAUGUCGCCUCGGGAUGCAGUUACGCGGGCGCGCUGCGCGGACGCCUCCCGGAAGACAUGACAGAAUCGGAACGUGAGCACGAGUUAAACACAGCAAUGACCGGAUCACCACCAAGAGGCUCUUAUGAUAUCCGCGACCCUCGACAUUUCCCGCCCAUGCGCGCUACCACCGAUACAUCCGCUACCGAAUAG